AUGGCCGACAAGCUUCGAAACCAACAGGAGCUCGAGCGCCUGCAAGCCAAGUUCCUCGGCACGGGUCACCCAGACACUACGAGCUGGGAGUGGCGGACCAACAUCCAACGCGACACGUACUCGUCCGUCGUCGGCCACCGCCCGCUGCUCUCCUACGUCGCCGUCGCUGAGAACGAGCCCAUUGCGAAAGUCCGCGCGAAGAUGAUCCGCCAAAUGGUCCAACCUUGCGGGCCGCCGCCACCACGAGACGGCGAGGAACCUCUCCCCGAGAACCAAAAUUAG